UUUUAUCCUUGGGGUCGCCCAGGAUGAUUUUUAUCAUUGCACAAAGUAUUGGGUUUCGUUUAAUAUUGGUUGUCCAAAUUUUACUCCCUUAAUCAUUGCGAAAAAAUAUUUUAUACUUGCUGAAAAAUAGCAUGAGUACAUUACAAGAGGCAUAUUUUUAUAGAACCGUUUAGUUUGAUCAAACAAUUAUUUCCAAUUUAGUUAUAAAUUCAUUUCCCUUUUUGAAACAUCUAAAAAAACUGUUGUGUUUUCACGUACACUCGUCAAAGGGGGUGAAAAUGAGUACCGUCCGAGUGAUAGAAGAGCAAGUACCUUGUGUCAUUGACCAGUUAUUAAUUGAGAAACAGGCAACUCAGAAGAAUGUCAAUGCAAGAAGUUUACAGGCACUAGAUCUCCAUUCCUCAAAAAUUUUUAUCAUAGAAAACUUGUGGCAGUUGGAGAGUUUGACCGUGCUGAAAUUAAACGACAAUUGUAUAGAGAAAAUCGAAAAUCUGGACGCCCUGGUGAAUUUGCACGAUCUGAACUUGUCGUUCAACAAAAUCUCCAAAAUUGAUAAUCUGCAUAUGCUGGUGAAAUUAGAGCGAUUAAUGCUUCAUUCAAACAGAAUUGGAGUGUUGGAAAAUAUGGACAAAUUGCAAAAUUUGCAACUUCUUACAGUUAGCAAAAAUUGCAUCGAAAGCAUAGAAAAUAUUAUUUACCUAAGAAAACUCAAAAACCUGAGAGUGCUGUCACUUGACGGAAAUCCAAUAUGCAGCGAGGAAAACUUCAUGGAACAUAUUUUGGUGUUUCUGCCAAACUUAAGAUAUUACGAAUAUAAUUUGAUUUUGAAAAGGGAUAUCCAAAAGUCUCCAAAAAUCAAGCAAAUUUUAGCAAAGGUUGAGGAAGAGGAGGCGGAACUAGAAGAAAAGUUGAAACUUGAGAAAGAAAAUUUAUCCAAAAAGCGAGUUUUGGAAAAGGCAUUUGUAGACACUAUUGAGCCAAACACACUUCUGGAGCCUUUGGAAAGUGCUGGCUGGAAAAUUAUACUGAAAAUAGGAGCUGCUGCACUAAUCACAUUACAAAAUGAGCAUAAAGAGCAGGUUCAGAAAGUGUGUGAGGAGCUGCAAAAUAUUGCAGAGUUGCAAAUGGGAAAACGCGAGGAAGAAAUUCAGCAUUUCAUCACCUGCGCUGAUAGCGCUCGAUUGAAAAAUCAGCAAGAAGGUCGAAGGAUAGUAGAAGAAUAUUUGCAACCAAAAGAGGAGAGUUGUGAACAUUUGCGAAGAUUGCUCGCUUUGGCUGAGCGGAAAAAGAUGGCUGAAGAAUCUCCAGAAAUGGAUCAAGUGAGAAAUUUAGCUAAUCAACUAAUAACUGACAGCGAAGAGCUAAAAGCAGAACUGCUGACGAUGGAAAUUGAGCUUCAAGAGCAAAUCUCGGCUGCAAUCGAUGAGUUUAGCUCAAACAUGGAAGACCUAAUUUCAGCUUUUCGUCACGAGGCCAAACAAAAGCUGCUUCAACUUCGCGAGCUGGAACAGCAUUUUCACCAAAGUCUGAUAGAGCCUUGCAGUGCCAGAGCAGCAAAUAUGUACUUGUUGAAGUGGAAGGACACGCACAACUGCCCAGUGGCAUCCAAUGAUUUAAUCGAACUGGCUAAAGACCCAACGCUCUUGAUGGAAAAACUGAUAGAAAAUCAUGAGGUUCGACUUCAAAUAAUCUGGAGAGAAGAGAUAAAAUUAGGGAACUGCUGCCAGACGUGGCUUGAAAAAUUGAUUGAGGAAAAGAGAAAGUCAGAAUUCAAACGCGGCAGAGAACGAGCCAUGGAAAUAGUGCAGUUUGUUGAUUUGCAACAGCAAGAAAUGAUGGAUUUGCAACCAGGCUCUUCACUUCCAUCUUUGGGACUUUUGUAAAUAAAUUUGGGGCAAAAGUUGUGCAAUAA